GAUCAAGCCCCAACUCAAAUUGAAGGCGGAUGUAGCCCGACUCGACUGGUAUACACCGUUAGGGUGGACAUUUCGCGACAUGGCGACCAUGAGCGAUAGCUGUUUCUAAAAUUUCGCCGAGAAGAAACCCUUGUCCCACUUUCUUCUCCAUUUUUUAUUUUCCUUCGCCCACGAAUGAUAGAGGAGGUAGAUGAGGUAUUCCUUGCGCGGAUUGAUACCGAACUUCCUUCUUCAACUUUGUUUCAAAAUCUCGAGCUUCUAGGCCUUUUGCUAUCGGCGUUUAUCUGCAGUAGAUGCAAGUGAACACGGCAAUGCAGUAAGACCUGCAAACUUAGGCUGCAAUGUAUGCAAGAAAGCUGAAAAGUAGAGGGCAGAGCUGGGGUUUCCAACUAAGUCGAUCAAAUAAUACACCUAGGUCAAACCCUAAGAUCAGGUCCCAAUUUCAUUCAUGCAGAAAUACAGACUUUACAGAAAUCUCGCCUAAUCAGAAUGCUGCUAGAAGAUUUUGCUCGUCUGCACCGUCUUUGCCGACUUCUUUUGUAGGAUUUUAUAGUAGGUAUCAGGCCGCUUUAGCAUACAAAUCAUAUAGAUUUUAUAGUUCGAGAGGUGAUGGAAGUAAUGCCAGUGAGGGAAAGCAUGCACCUGUUAAGGAUGCGUCUAAGUUUGGUGAUGGAAAAUCGGAAGUGGAGAAAGUUUCAUCUAAUUCCGAGCACAACGACUUCCAUGCACAACUUGGGGAACAUGAACAACAGGAAUGGCUCAACGCAGAGAAGCUGUCUAUUGCUAGCAAAGAAAAGGAGUCUCCUUUUUUACCAAUGCGGCAGCGUUUCAAAAACGAGUUCCUGCGGAGAGUGGUUCCAUGGGAGAAAAUUACAGUAUCGUGGAAGUCAUUUCCAUAUUUCAUCAAUGAACACACUAAAAACUUGUUGGUGGAAUGCGCUGCCUCUCAUUUGAGACAGAGAAACUUUGCAGCAAGUUACGGUGAACGGUUGGCCUCUUCAAGUGGGAGAAUUUUGCUUCAGAGCAUGCCAGGGACCGAACUUUACCGGGAGAGGCUAGUCCGGGCCCUUGCUAGAGAUUUGCAGGUUCCCUUGCUUGUGCUUGACAGUACUGUUCUUGCUCCAUUUGAUUUUGGUGCAGAAUGUGCUUCAGAAAUUGAGUCAGAGGAUGGGCAUGCUGAAUCAGGAGAAGGCUGUACAUCAGAAUCAGAGGAAGAGGAGCACAAUGAGGCAAGAAAUGAAGAAGAAUGGGCAAGCGGCAGUGAAGCAAAGUCAGGUGAAAGUGAUGAGGAUGAUAGUGUUGAUGUGCAAGCAUCUACAGAGGCUCUUAAGAAACUUUUGCCUUGUAGCCUUGAGGAAUUUGCAAAGAAUAUAUCUGGAGAAACUGAAAACACACCGGCAUCUGCAGAAACGGAUGCCUCCUCAGAAGAAUCAGAAAGGCCUCUCAAGAAGGGUGAUCGUGUGAAGUAUGUUGGGGCUUGUGUGCUAGUUGGAGCUGAAAAAGAGUUCAAAUUGGGGAAAACACAUCCUUCAUAUGGAUCAACUGAUACCUGUACUUUUUUAAGUGGCAGGUCACUGGCGACUGGGCAACGUGGGGAAGUGUAUGAAGUUAAAGAUAAUCAUGUUGCUGUGAUUCUUGAUAAUACAAUGAACGAGACAGUAGGAGAUGAUAAGGGAAAAGAUGAGAAAUUAUCUGUUUACUGGUUUGACAUUCAGGAUAUUGUGCGUGAUCUUGACACUGAGGCUGAAGAUUGGUAUAUAGCUCUUGAAGCUCUUUGCGAGGUCCUGCCAUCCUUGCAACCACUUAUUGUUUAUUUUCCCGAUUCUUCCAAAUGGUUGUUGAGAGCUGUUCCAACGUCGAGCUGUAAGGAGUUUAUUAAUAAGAUGGAGCAAAUGUUUGAACAACUUUCUGGGCCUGUUCUUUUGAUAUGUGGUCAGAACAUUUUAGAAACAGGGUCUAAAGAGAAGGAAAAGCUAACAUUGGUUGUUCCACAAAUUCGCUUUUCUCGGCUGCCUUUUCCUUUGAAACAACUAACAGAAGGAUUAAGAACACCUAAACAAUCAAAACAGUGCGAUAUGAGUAAAAUUUUCAGAAAUUCUAUAUUCAUUCAUCUCCCGAAGGGAGAGGAUCAACUCAGAACUUUCAACAAACAAAUUGAAGAGGAUAAGAAACUAAUCUUAUCAAGGAAUAAUCUUAUUGAGCUGCAUAAGGUUCUUGAAGAGCACAGUCUUUCAUGCCUGGAGCUUUUACAUUUGAAGACAGAUUGUGUUUUCUUGACAAAGCAAAAAGCUGAGAAAGUUGUAGGGUGGGCUAGAAAUCACUACUUGUCCUCCGUCAUUCAUCCUUCUGUUAGUAACGGGAGACUUCUGAUUCCCUGUGAAAGUUUGGAGGUUGCCAUAUCAAGGUUAAGGGAGCAGGAAUCAGUUUCAACAAAGCCCUUAGAGAGUAUAAAGAAUCUUGCGAAAGAUGAGUAUGAAAGCAAUUUUGUUUCAGCGGUGGUCCCCCCAGAUGAAAUAGGUGUCAAGUUUGAUGAUAUUGGUGCUCUUGAAGAUGUGAAGAGAACUUUAAACGAACUUGUCACGCUUCCAAUGAGAAGGCCGGAGCUUUUUUCGCAUGGAAACCUUUUACGGCCUUGCAAAGGAAUUUUGCUCUUUGGCCCACCUGGAACAGGUAAAACUCUUCUUGCAAAAGCCCUUGCAACUGAAGCUGGAGCAAAUUUUAUCAAUAUAACAGGUUCUACUCUUACAUCGAAGUGGUUUGGCGAUGCUGAGAAGCUCACCAAGUCUCUUUUUUCUUUUGCGUCUCGUCUGGCACCAGUUAUCAUUUUUGUUGAUGAGGUUGACAGCUUACUUGGUGCACGUGGUGGAGCUUUUGAACAUGAAGCAACAAGAAGAAUGAGAAAUGAAUUUAUGGCGGCUUGGGAUGGUUUGAGGACUAAGGAUAAUCAAAGGAUUCUUAUUCUUGGUGCAACAAAUAGGCCAUUUGAUUUGGAUGAUGCUGUGAUACGCCGCCUUCCAAGAAGGAUAUACGUGGACCUUCCGGAUGCAGAAAACCGUAUGAAGAUCUUAAAGAUAUUUCUUUCUCAAGAAAACCUUGACCCUAGCUUUAGAUUUGAUGAGUUAGCUAAUUCAACAGAAGGUUAUUCGGGAAGUGACUUGAAGAAUCUUUGCAUUGCCGCUGCAUAUAGACCUGUCCAGGAACUUCUUGAAAAAGAAAAGCAGCAAUGCCAACAGUCUACAGCAUACUCAUUGAGGCAGCUUGUGCUUGAUGAUUUCAUUAAAGCCAAAUCCAAGGUGGGAGCUUCUGUUGCCUAUGAUGCUGCCAGUAUGAAUGAGCUAAGAAAAUGGAAUGAACAAUAUGGAGAGGGAGGCAGCAGAAAAAGAUCACCUUUUGGCUUUAUGAACUGAUAUAAAGAUAACAGCAAGCCGUUCAUCUGUAAAGAUAGUAAGGACUAUGCUUUAGAAAUAGUGCAAGGUCCAUUUUAUUCUCAUUAGUUUUUUUUU